GUUCUGAGGCUCCGCCCAGUUCAUUGGCCUCCCUCUAUGUGAGGCAGGCGGGGCUCCUGGCGUCACAGUUGGGGCUCAGCGCGCGCGUCCAUGGAGGCCUUGACCGAUUCCUCUGAGGACCCCGCGGCCUGCCGCUUCUUCCUAGAGGGCCGCUGUCGCUUCGGUGCGCGCUGCCGUCUGCCGCAUCCCGGGGCCCCAGCGCCGUCCCCCAAAGUCUCUCAGACAGACGGCGAGUCCAAGAAGCCGGCUCUGCGUACUGCCGCUGACGUCAUCCAGCGCAUCCGCUGGGACCCGCGCCUGGACCCCGCUGACUUUUCGGUUGGCUACACCGACCGCUUCUUGGGCGUGCAGGAGGAGCCCUUCUGCGCCUUCUGCUGGGACGAGCCGCUGGCAGCGCUGGGACCUGGUGUGUUAGCAGUGCCGCAGCACCGUAUACGCUACUUCCGCUUCCGGGGCCGCCUAGUGUGGGACCGUGACUCGCGUACAGACCUCAUUUUUGGCUCGGGUUCUGUGGCUGGACGGGGACCCACCAUAUUCGAUGCACUGGACGGUGGGGACGAGCACUGGCCAGAGGUCGCACUAGAAACUUCUGACACAAAAAAGACAGGGGUGGCUUCUGAGGGCCAGGCCAUCCCUAGCGAAGGUGGUGGAAACCUUCCUGGAGCUGGGCUUGAUUCGGAGCUGGAGGCACACAAAGAGGGUGAGGCAAUCAAAGAGACCAGAACUGGGCUUGAUUUGGGCCUGGAGACACAUAAAGUGGAUGGGGCAACAAAAGAGACCAUCUUGAAUGGGACAACUGAGUUAGAAACACCAGACCCAAGCAUGGGCUUCCCAGGGGUAAAAGAGAUCAUGAACUCAGCAGAGGUGUCGAGGGCUACACUGCUUCCGUGGUGGCAGGCGCGGGCCACGGAAACUUCAGGACUUUCUGCUGAAGAGAUGGAAAGUGAGUGGGAGCUAGGUGCUUGGCCUGAUGACAGAAGGGCCCCUCGCCAGCCCCGGCCUACACAUUUUGUGGCACUGAUGGUGACAGAGCCUGGGCUUAGGGCUGAAGUGGUCAAGGCCCAAGAGCAUCUGGUCCAGAUUGCCCCUUCCUGUGCUGCGUUUCUGGUACCAGCACCGGCCCUGCACCUGACAAUGGUCUUAUUAAGGCUGACAGGCCCUGGAGAGGAGGCUGCAGCAGCUAGGGCUCUGAGGAAGGCCCUCUUGACACCAGGGCUUCAGGCACCUUCUGAACUACAGUUCCGGGACUUGGUUCUUCUGGGCCAUCAUGUGCUCUGUGCCACACCCUCCCCAACACUGGCAGGCAUGGCCCAAACUCUGAAUCAAAGGCUAGAAGCUGAAGGGUUGAGAGUGGUACAGCCGCCAGGGCAACUACAGCCACACCUAACCCUGGCUAAGGUGCCACGUGGAUCUCAGGUCUGCCUUCCUAAGCCUGGGUUCAUCCUGAACCAGGAGCUAGGGAGGCAGCCCCUAAGGAAACUCUGGCUGUGCCGCAUGGCCAGAGCAGGGCAUAACUACCUGCCCCUCGCUGAGAUUCCCCUUAAGUGAGAAAGGCUCCAGAGUAGAGAAGAAACUUCAGAGAAAAAACAGACCAAGUUCUCUGUCUCUCUCUCUUUAAUUUUGGUUUCAAGCUUCCAAAAUUUACUGUACUCAAUGCUCAAGGAGAAUGAAGGAAGGGGAGGGGGGAGGUAGGGAGGGAAGGCAGGAAGGCAUCUGGAAAAAAAGCAGCCUGACAGUCCAGCUGUUUGCAACCUCAUAGCACAUCCUCCAGUUACAUGGCAGAAGGGGGGGGGAGUGAAAAGAAAAGGGAAAAAGAAAAAUAACUUAAAUAAACACACACACAGAGAAAAGAGAAGGAAACAUGACGUGAGUUGGUGAUCCAUGAAGGCAGAGGGGAAGAAAGGGAGGGUAA